AUGUUUCUAUAUCAAGAUAAAGCCGCAGCAGCAGCAGCACCCGCAGCAGCAGCAGCAGCAGCAAUGGGAACGAUUCAGCCUCCUGAUUGCUCCAUUUGCUUCGAAGCAGCAACCUCUGAUCUUUCUGCCGUCUCCUGUGGUCAUGUCUUCCAUCUAAGGUGCGUAGAGCGUUGGAUAUCUAGCAGCGGGCAAGGGAGCAAAGCUGGUUGUCCAAUCUGUCGAAGUCCUUGUGGCUCACGACUUAAAUUAAGAUUCUUAUGGAGUACUGCAGAAGCAGAACCCCAACACCCAGAUGAGCCAUCUCCCCUCGUGGAUAGGCUGAGGGGAGAACUUAUGGCCUUACGCAGAGAAAAAAAUUCACUGCAAACACGACUUGAGGAGUUGGAAGCAGCUGCGCAGGCGCAUGCAGAGGAGUUAGCAUCAGUAGAGAAGCAUUGGGGAGGAAUAGCAGCAAAAGAGAAGGCAGCAGCAGCAGCAGCAGCAGCAGCAGCAGAAAAAGAGCUGCAGCAAACCAUGAGGCAGCUAGUUGUUGCACAAGCAAGAACAAGAAAAGCGCAUGCACAACUUGAGCUGUCUAGGCAGCAGCAAAAUACAUUAGAAAAAACAUUACAAGGGCUCAUUGGAGACGAUCCCCCGGAGGAACGUGCAAAUUUGCUUCUCAAUGAAUUUAAAUCUUCGGGGAGACUGGAGGAGGCCGUGCUGACUCUUCACAGGGCCAUGACAGUACUACAGCGAGACAAAGAAAGACUAAAGAAAGAAAAACUUAAACAAGAAUGGGCAGCAAAAAAACGCAUGCACGACAACCAACCAGGAGCAACGGACUCCGAUGCAGCAGCUGCUGCGCCUACCAGUGCAGCAACAGCAGCAGCAGCAACAGCAGCAGCAGCAGCAGCUAGUGGCAUCCGAAGGAAGCGCAGGCCUCCUUCUGAAGGUUUCUCAUCCGGUGCCACAGCAGCAACAGCAGCAGCAACUGAUGGAGCAGCAGCAGCAGCAGCAACAGCAGCAACAGCAGCAGAUGCAGCAAUCUGUCUAGACUCAGAGGAGGAGGAUGAGCUUGAGAGUCUUCGCAAUGCUGAAUCUAUGCGUGCAUUAAGAGGCCUGCUGCAGCAGCAGCAGCAGCAACAGCAGCAGCAGCAGCAGCAACAGCAACAGCAGCAGCGGACUAUAUUGCGACCCAACUGUUUGGGGGCCCCUGGGGGGCCCCUAAACAGAUCAGGGGUACCCCUGAAGAAGAACCCUAACAAGCUCUCGCCUCUGCCUGCUGCUCCUGCAGCAGCAGCAACAACAGCACCCACUGCUGCUGCUGCUCCUGCUGCUGCUGCUGCUGCUGCACAACCACAACGUGGGCGCGAAGGAGCAGCCUCAGCGGCCACAUCAACGGACGUUUCGAAGGUCCGCCUAGGGAGGCAGCAGGAACAGCAGCAGCAACAGCAGCAACAGCAGCAACAGCAGCAGCAGCAGCACACUGCUGCACCGGAAGCAUUUAGCAUAAGCAGCAGCGAGUCUCAGGAGUUCUCUGAUCCCCAUAUGCUAAGACAUGAGGCCUCCCCAUGUCUGCGGCAUCCUGCUGCUGCUGCUGCAGCAGCAGCAGCAACUGCAGCAGAAGCAGCAGCAGCAGCAGCAACCCCGCCAGCAGUAGCAUUACGAGUACCACCAAGCCCAGCAACAGCAGCAGCAGCGGCAGCAGCAGCAGCAACGAGUGCAGCAGCAUCGCCAAGGGCUUCAACGCCACUACUGAGACGGACUGUUCAGCGGGCUACUGCUGCACCUCUUAACACGCACAGCAGCAGCAGCAGCAGCAGCAGCAGCAGCAGCAGCACACCUAGCAGCACACAACCUAGCAGCAGCAGCAGCAGCAACAGCAGCAGCAGCAGCACUCCACUACGCAGCAACCUAUCCAAUCACAGCUACACGGGAAGCAGCGGCAUCAGUGACCAUCCUACCAGCAGCAACACCGGCAGCAGCAGCAGCAGCAGUAGCCGCAGCAGCAGCAGCAGUAGCAGCAGCAGCAGCAGCCGGAGGGCUGUAUACAAUACAUAUUUAGCUGAAUCCCUUGAAUUACAUGAAGAGCAGCAGCAAAUAGAAGACACACAGAGGGCACUUAAUUUGCUGCUGCGCCCUGUCCCUUCCUUCUCCCCUGUCUCCCUUGGGGAGGCAGCAAGCAGCAGCAGCAGCAGCAGCAGCAGCAGCAAGAGCAAUGUGAACAGCAACAGAACAAGCAGCAAGACAACUAGCAGCCACUGCAGCAGCAUCAGCAGCAGCAGCAGUAGUAGUAGCAGCAGCAGCAGAAGCAGCAGCAGCAGCAACAGCAACAGCAGCAGCAGCAGCAGCAGCAGCAGCAGCAGUUUCAGAGCUAUUGAGGAGGUUGCUUCCCCGAUCCACACCACCUUGAGGGGCCCUACAGAUACAGCAGCGGCAAGGGGGGCCUCCACAGGUACAGCAGCAGCACGGGGGGGCCCCACAGGUACAGCAGCAGCAACAAGGGGGGCCCCCACGACUCCUGUGCGGCAGCUGCGUGUAGCUAUGAAGGAACCAGCAGCAAACCCAUUCACGUUUGCUGCUGCUGCUGCUGCUGCUGCGUCUCCUCCGAGUAUAUUGGCGUGUGCUGCAAGGACGCGGCCAGCUACCCUUGCGUCUGUUCCUUCCAAGUUGCUCAAUGGGAGGGCUUUGCAUGACAUCCGCGUCUUCUUCAAGCCCGCCUAA